AUGAAAUCGAUGAGCUACACUCGAGGAAAAGGCAAUACCUCCUGCUCGUCUCCUCCUGGGAACAGCUUGGAUCACCGGGGGAUGCUCUUACUGGUCUUGCUGGGGUUUGUGACGUUUGCGUCAUCCUGCUUGACAGCUGUCUCUCUUUACCAUGUUGUUGCAUUAAAAGCAGAACUUGCCCUUCUGAGCAGCAAACUGAACUGCAGGGUCCAGACAAGGACAUCGUUUCCCAUGUCGCUGGGGCCUCGGGACAAGAUCCAGGAGCCCAAGGACCUGGUUCCCCGCUUGAAGGUGGCCGAAGCAACUUCUCGCCAGGGAAUCUUGUCUGGAUUGCAUCAAAGCGGUCAAGAGAUAAUAUGGAGCAGAAACAGAAGGAAAAGGUCUCCGCUACACGUCAGCGAAGCAGUCCUACAGCCGUGCCUGCAAAUGAUGGCCGACAGCAAAAGCAAUGUUCAGCAACAAGAUGGUUCAAGUAUAGUUCCGUGGCUGCUUAGUUUCAAAAGAGGAACAGCCCUGCAAGAACAAGGCAAUAAAAUACUGGUUAGAGAGGCUGGCUACUUUUUUGUAUACGGCCAGGUUUUAUACACAGAUGAGCUGUUUGUGAUGGGUCACUUAAUCCAGAGGAAGAAAGCCAACGUGGUUGGCGAUGACCUCAGUUUGGUGACGUUAUUUCGGUGCAUCCAAAAUAUGCCUCAGACAAAUCCAAACAACUCUUGCUACACUGCUGGCAUUGCGAGGUUAGAAGAAGGAGAUGAGCUUCAGCUAACCAUACCCCGGAGAGGAGCCAAAAUAGCCUUGGAUGGAGAUGCCACCUUUUUUGGCGCAGUCAGACUUCUGUGAUGCUCU